GACUCUUUCUGCAUUCGGACUACAAUUGCCUCCCUGACGGUCUCUGGCUCUUAAAGACAAUUGAAGGGGGCUGACCACGGGCCAAUUUAAAGGAAUCCCCUGGCUGUGCAAACCGAGCGCACCCACUGACAUCUUCCAAACAGUGUUGGUUUCCAGUAGCAACGCCUGCCAAACAGAAGAGAAGAAAGAUGGUCCUGAUCACAGAAGACAUGGUACGACGUCGGGCAGAGCAUAACAACUGCGAGAUCCUUUCCUUAGAGGAGGUGUCUUUGCAUCAACAAGAUAUUGAGAAAAUAGAACACAUUGAUAAAUGGUGCAGGGACCUCAAAAUUCUGUAUCUUCAAAACAAUCUCAUUCCCAGAAUAGAAAAUGUAUAUAGAUUGAAAAAGUUGGAGUAUCUAAACCUUGCUUUGAACAACGUUGAACUGAUUGAAAACCUGGAAGGAUGUGAGAGUCUCCAGAAGCUGGACCUCACAGUGAACUUUGUGGGCCAGUUGAGCAGUGUGGAGUCAUUGAAGCACAACAUCCUUCUCCGAGAGCUUUUCCUGGUGGGGAACCCCUGCACUGAGUUUGAGGGCUACAGGCAAUACGUUGUGGCUUCACUGCCCCAACUGAAGUAUCUGGAUGGGAAAGAGAUUGGCAGGUCGGAAAGAAUCCGAGCCAGACAAGGCCUAGAUGAGGUAAGGAGGCGGAUUCGGCAGCAGGAGCAGGAUUACCUGCGGAAGAGAGCGAGUGAGAAAGAGGAGGCCCAGAGAGAGGGAGGAGAGGCGCAGCGGGGGCCGAAAAGGGAAAGCCGCUCCUCUGCUAAAGCGAAGAAUCCUGGCUUUGAUGGUCGCUGGUACACUGACAUCAAAAACACCAUCCCUGUGCCUGAAGAAAACAAUGAGAUCCAAGGGAGAGAUGAGAAAGAGAAGACAAGCUGCCUUUCUUCAGAAGACCAGGAGAGGGAGUUUUGGGAGAAACCUUGUGCCUAUACUCCAGAGUCACGCCUGGAGGCUCACCGCCACCUUGACGAGAAGAAAAAGGCAAAAGAAAGGAAGACUGUGAAGACGCCCAAGGCCCCGAGGACUCUGAUCACACCCAAUGGACGGGUGAUGAAUGUCAAUGAACCCAAGCUGGAUUUCAAUCUCACAGAAGAUGGGGACAAUAACACCAUUGUCUUGGAUCUGGAAGUCUACAGGCAUAUGGACACUUCCCUGAUGGAUGUUGAUGUUCAACCAACGUACGCCCGAGUGACUGUCAAAGGAAAGAUUUUUCAGCUGGUGCUGCCCGCAGAAGUGAGGCCUGACAGCUCGACAGCGAAGAGGUCCCAAAUCACCGGCCACUUGGUCCUCACAAUGCCAAGGGCUCAGGGUGAAAUCAAAAUGACAACACCUCGUCCUCCCAAAGUUUCUCAAAGCAGCCACACACCUGAAGAGAAGACAAGGAAGAGGUUGGAGGUGGAUCCCAGUAAACACUCGGGGGUCGACUUGGCCAACAUUGUCACACGAGAGAACAGGGCUGGAGAGCAGACCUCCUUCUAUGAUAACUUUGUGGACAACCCAGACGUUCCCCCUUUGAUGUGAGAGUGAAAAUCAAAAAUUGGUCUGACAAAUUUGUGAACACAUAAAUCUUCAUAUCAUCUGACAUCAAUGUAAAAAUAUAUUUAAUACAGUAAAUGCAAGAUAUGUCUAUCCAACAGAUCUGUUUGAAUGUUGUGCAAGUCAGAGAUGCUCAUAGAUGUCAGUACAGUAUAUCAUUGUGUAUUAAGUUAUGAUGGUAGUACCACAAACCUUCCUGUACGUGUGUUUAGUUGCUCUGUGGUCCAUUUUUAUUUGAACUGACUUAUAUCCUUUCCUGUUUACAUUGGUGAUGUUCCCCACAUAAAAAAAUAAUAUAGUUUAGUACA